AUCGUGACGAGCAAAUAAUCGCGUGAUUAAUCCGUCGUUCCUACGGGAAAUGACGGAGAAAUGUGUUAGAUGUAUUCAACAGCAGUGACGUAUUGUUGGGCGCCCGUAUUCGAACGGAAAAAAAAGAGAGAAAAAAGAGGAACGAGCGUAGCGAAUAAAAGCGGAGAGGAGUAGCGGAGGCAUGUCGGAGAAGAUGAUGUCGAGACGGAGAACUGAUUGAAACGUGAGAAAAAAAUGACGACUAUCGAGGCCGUUAGUGAAAUGAGUGCGGUACGUCGGGCGGUAUGGUUCAGCGCCGUGUUAUUCGCAGCAACUCCCUUGGCCUAUACUCAAGUAACAUGGACACCAAUCUACGUGGGAGGAUACAGUCAAGUUGAUCUUUGGACCCAAAGCACCACCGGCUGCGCCUGUACCUUUAAUGCAACCAGCAACGAUUGCGCGUGUUGCGUACCAUCGGGUGGCUGCAGCUGCGGCGCAGCUUCACCCGAUAGAUGCGCUCAAUGCGGACUGGAACAGCAUUGCGCAAAUAUGUGCAACAUAACAUUGGAUAGCAGACAGCUGUUCAGCAAAUCGGAUCGUGGCUUCGGGCAAAUAAAGUCGCCGUAUCUUCAAGGGCCCUCGAGGUGUACAUAUAGAUUCGUGCCGGAUACUGGACAGCGGGUCGAGCUACAGAUAUAUCGACUGGUGUCCAUCGGUCGACACAACGGCACCGCGUGCGAGGGCGGCUGGCUUCAACUCGAGGGCAGUGCUCGCGUUUGUGGUCGGAACCAACGCUUCGACCGACCAGUCGUUCUCUUCUCGGACAAGCCGGUCGCAACUCUACAUAUGCAGAUAAACGAGAACACAACACGGUCCCAGUUCCUGGCCUACUUCAGCUUCUCGUCCAAAGCAAGCACGUCCGUCGGUUGGCCGGUGAGGGGCGGACAUCCGGUUAACAAUACGGAAUGCGACUCAGUGUACGAGGAUACGGACUGCCAUGACGGAUGCGUUUUAGCCAGUCCCGGAUAUCCUGGACUGUAUCCACCAAACAUCCGCUGCCGGUACCUGAUCACUUCUGGCCCGCGAAUCUCCAUUGCCAUCAACUUCACGGCGGUGCUUCUUCCGUACAACCAUUGCACCAGCGAUUACAUCGCCGUUUACUCUGGUCCAACCACGUCAAGUCCGUUGUUGAAGAUGCUCUGUGGCAAGGAGAAGACGACGCUGGUAUACGAAGGUCAAGAACUCCUCGUUGAAUUUAGAACUGGUCCCGAAGUAUCGCCCUUCGAUUAUAAUGGCUUCGUCGCGACACUGAGUUUUAUUGAAGUGACGACGGAAGCUCCAACGACGAUUGCCACCGAUAGCACGAAUAAAACUCUUGAUUUGAUGAAGUUUAAUAACUACAACAAUCGCGACCUCCAUGACCAUCGCAAGGACCAAGGUACCGUGACCAGCAGCUGCGACCUCGAGGUGAGCGGCGAGAAGGUCCGAGCCGGCCACCAUGAUACCAGGGGCAAACCCAAGUCCACGACGUGCAAGCUUUUACUGCGUGGCCGUGCUUACGACACUGGACACGUUUCCAUAGCCAGUUACAACCUCAGCGCACAGUCCUGUCAGUCGACGAUCGAGAUAUUCGACGGUUCGCCGGAAAGCGGGACGCUGGAUACCACCAACUCCUUGGAGAAGAUUUGCAGUCCGGCGCAGUGGCUCCCGCGGGAACUCGCAAGUCAGGAUAAGUACGCAGAGCCGAAGAGGUAUUCUUCCAACGGUCGGGACAUGACGGUAGUUUUAACGCGCGCCUCCAACAGCCCCACCGACGAGGAGUAUAUGGAGGUCUCGUACUACUUUCACGAUGAACGUGAAGGUGGCACUCAGCAGCCCGCCAGCGUGUGCGACGUCGAAUAUUACGGAUUGACGUCGCCGGUGGAAGGUUCAGUGGUGCAUCCGGAACCACAUCGGCUAUUCGCCAUGGAAGGUCCAGUGAAGUGCAGGCAGCACUUUAUACCGGCGCCCAACCAAUCGGUGGUCAUUACCGUGAAGGGUAGCACGAAGCAAAUGCCAAACAACCCGUGCGAGACCAAGUGCGGCGACAGCGGCUGCCACUGCGUCAGCAAAUCUCUGGAGAGCAUGGACCACCUCCUGCUCGUCUCCGAGACCGGACACAUUGUCACCUGUCUCUGUGGGAAUUAUCAGGAUUGGCUUCCGGUAGGCAUUCGUAGCUGGACUCCGGUCUACAUCGAGUGGUCGAGGUCGUCAAGGGCGGGCCUCAAUUUCCACGCGGCCUACAAGUUUAUCAAUGACACUUACUGUGGCGAUCACACAACGGCCGAACCGGAAGGCGAGGUCAAUGGCGGUGAUCUGGCAAGCGCUGGACUCAAGCUGAAUCAGUAUUAUCAGCAGAAGUGUACCUGGAUCCUGGACUCACCGAUCGACCGGCAACUCGUCAUCGAAGUCAAGUCCACUCAGAGCCGACCUUGCACGGCGUGGAACCUGACGAUACAUGAGUACAGGAAGAACGGCGAUCCCGCUGGAAUCAGAUUGCACACGUUCUGCUCGAGAGACACGCACAAGAAUUUCACUCUGCCGUGGAAGAUGAAUACCGUGGUGGUUAGACUGCAGGCCCUUGGGAGGACAGCCCCGCAGUAUACGAUGAGAUGGCGAAGUCAGACAGUGAUCGCCAACACUCGCAAAAGUGGACCAUCGCCAACCCCGAAUUGGCCCUUAGUGCACUCCUCGAGUAAGGCUGAGGCGCGAGGAACGGCCCUUAUCCUCGUCCUCCUGUUCGCGAUCCUACUCGCGCGCCCGUUCAACUGUUGAGACUGUUAAGCUCGGGGAAGCUCGCGUUAAUGCACACACUGUUCCUGUUAAUCGAAAACCGCGAAGCCCACGUUAUUGUCUCACGUGUACAUAAAUGAUAAGGACUGACGCCGGUCCACGUUUUAUAUCGCUCGAUGUGAGAUGUUUUCAGAAGAUGGCACAUUUCGGCACUCUCUCUCGAUCGGCAGUGAGAUUUUGCGGGCUGGCUCGUUAAUCCCCCGCUGCAUAAUUAUCACAAGAGAAAUAUUUUAGGAUGCGAAAAAGGACGCAUCGCGCGAUGCAGGGAAUAAAUACCCUGAGAAAAUUUUAACUGAUCUCUGUUAUAUUUUUCUCUACAAUAUAUGAUCUAAUCUUAUUCGCGCGAUGCGAAUGGAGAGCUAAUGAGCCAGAGUUUAUCGUUUUCCGAUCGAAUCAUAUGCAUAUAUAUACAUAUUAUACACACACACACACACACACACACACACACACAAAAUACAUACACACACAUACAUACAUAUAUAUGUACGACAGAAUUAAAGAGAAUGAUCAGCACGUCUAAUAAGUGAUUAGCUCGCACAACCGACUAUCAUUUGAUCUAAAGGAACAGAUCUGUGAAGUCUUUAGAGCAUCCACU